UCUCCCCGACAAGCUAAGCACAUAACACUCACUCACUCACUCACUCACCACCAUUUGACAAUGGAAAGCCCUUUCUUUCUCCUAACGGUCCUCCUAUUACUCUCCAGCUCCGCCGCCGUCGAAUCGAAGCCUGGUGCAUCUAAUGAUCUGGUCCGUUCAUCAUGUGUCAACGCCAGCUAUCCAAGCCUCUGCUUCCGGACCCUUUCUUCCUACUCCGGCCCGGCCAACACCCCACGUGACUUGGCCCAAGCAGCCGUCAAAGUCAGCCUGUCCCGAGCCCGGAAGGUGUCAACCUUCUUGAGGACGAGGGUGACAGGGAAGGGCAAGAGGGAACGAGUAGCACUGAGUGACUGCGUGGAGCAGAUAUCGGAGUCGAUGGAGGAGUUGAGCAAGACGCUACGGGAGUUGAAGCACUUGAGAGGGGAGACGUUCGGGUUUCAGAUGAGUAAUGCGCAGACGUGGGUGAGUGCGGCGCUGACCAACGAGGACACGUGUCUUGAUGGGUUUGAAGGUGUCGAUGGAAAUGUUAAAUCGGACGUGAAGAGGAAGAUCACUAAUGUGGCUAAGGUUACCAGCAACGCUCUCUACAUGAUCAAUAGGCUCAAUGAAACUCAUUCUUGAUCAUCGCAAUUGAAUGGUUGUGAUUUAACAGCUUUAUCAUGUUCACGGUUUUUACUAUUUGCAAGCUGUAUAUGUAAUAAUAAUUGCUAUUUUUAGAUUAAG